GGAAACUGAGGCACAGAAAUGUUAUGUAACUUUCCCAUUGUCAGAGAGUGAAACAAUAGUAGCCUGAGGAUUCAUACUCCAGCAGCCUGCUUGUACCACCCACGCUUUCUCAAAGCAAGUUACUGAUUAAGAUGGUUAGAUAUACCCAUAAACAGGAACUGUUUAGGUUAAUGGUUUUCAUGAGAUUUCUCAAUCUACUUAAUUCACUACUUAGUAAGCAGCUGGUGUGAAGAAAAUGAACACAACAAUAUGUAUGUGCUAAGAAAGCCAAAGCCACCAUGACCACAUGAAUUUCCUCAGUGGGAUCACUUACCUGUUGGAUCACAGACCACACUUGACCUGGAAUUACACUGACAAUUUUGGUAUGGUUGGAGCUACCCCUGUGGUAAAGAUACUUAAGGGAUUACAUUAUACUCUUAAUUUUACUUUUCCUCUAAGUCUCUGGCAAUGAGAUACAUAGCUACUAGAAAGGAAAGGUGAGGAGGAAACUGUCAGCUGAUAGAGCAGCUCAUCACUGAUUUGUUUUAGAGCCUAGAGUGCACUCACCUCAGCCCCUCCUCCUUUUUCCUCCACAAAGGUCCCUCUCCUUCCAGAAAAUUCCUCCUCCCCAAGCCAAGGACUGAUAAGGAAUGAGGCCAGAACAGCUGGUGCCUUGUUGUCUCAAGUGGAUUUUUGACAUGGUUAAGAUUUUUCAGCCUGGGUAACACUCAUUGAGCUUAUUAUGCCCCUCAUAACAAUAAGCCUCUUUAGGUACCUUCUCCCUGUUAAGAGGAGUGGGGUAGGGUGAGGUGGGGAACAUAUAAUAAGAAUCAGGUUCUCUCUCUCUCUGUCUCUAUUUCUCUCUAUCUAUCCCCUCUCCCAUCUUCAAGUUUAAUGUGGCUCAACCUAUGUUAGACAGGGCAUGACUCCAUUCCAGGAGCUAAAUGAAGGAAGCCAUGUGGUACAACUAAAAGGCAAAGAGAAAAGAACAGCUUAUGAUGGGGGAGCUAAGAGACCCCACCCCGGGCAACACUCCUCUGUGUUAUAAACAUCUAUCUGCCAAGGAGCCAUGAUGAAUGGAAGAUGGAGUCAGAAGGUCCAGAUCCAAGUGCUGCUCACUUCAUGGUCCUGGGAAAGCUCCUUCUCCUGUUGGGACCCCAGUUGUCUCCCUCUUAUAAGGUCAUGAUGAUGGGCAGCGCACGUGUGGCGGAGCUGCUGCUGCUCCAUGGCGCGGACCCCAACUGCGCGGACCCUGCCACCCUCACCCGACCGGUGCACGACGCCGCCCGGGAGGGCUUCCUGGACACUUUGGUGGCUCUCCGCCGAGCCGGGGCGCGGCUGGACGUGCAAGACGCCUGGGGCCGCCUGCCGGUGGAUCUGGCUGAGGAGAGGGGCCACCGUGACGUUGCCCGGUUUCUGCGCGCGGCAGCGGGAGACUGAUGGCGCAAGCACACAACCGCCCACAACGACUUUUCUUUCUAGUUCCCCACCCCUAGUUCAAUGAGGGCUGCAAACAUGGAGCGUGGGAAGUCUUCCUGAGCAACUGGAUUCCCCGCAGGGAAGGAGGGGCAGACAGGGAAAAAAAUGCCUUUUUUUUUUUUUUUUUUUUUUGCUUUUCCUCUAGUUGCACCCCUAGACACUCACUGUGAAGACAAACCAGAGAGGGGCAAAUGGAUUUCAAGGAAGAUCUAGGAGCGGAAUGUGGAACUCUUAGUUUACUUUUCAGGAUUUUCUGGAGAAAAGCGGCAUGUGAAGAAAUCAACGAACGACCCCAGAUGCGGCGAGUUUUACACAGAAAAUGCUGGAGCAGAGUAGGAGGCGGCGGUAAUAUGCGUUCGGGUGAGAGGUAGGUGAUAACGUUCGCCAUGUUGACCUCAAUGACCCCUCAGUAAGCCCCCACUACGGGAGUUAGGUCCUGGGGGUAUGAGGGAAAAAAGCUGAAGACCGAGGACCAAAUAAGGACAACGGUUGAUGAGGGCGUCAGUGGACACCCAACACUUUCUUUUUGUGCUGUGCGGCUAGGAAAAGUCACGUGCAAAACUGCUACUUACUGGAAACCUGGAGACUCGCGUCCAGCUCCACCGGAGAGUGACUGGGAAGAGAGGAUCCUGGAACUUCGAAUUUGCCCACUUAUUCUUAAGUUUCCAUGGUCGAGGUGGUGCUAAACAGCUCUCCAGAGAACUGUUUGCUGUUUUUCAAUCCUGGUGAAAUUCCUGUGCUUUCCAGAGGUCCGCGCGCAGACUGAAGUGGAUUGUAGCGAGAGCAACUGUUGACAGACUGUUAACUGCAAAGAUUUGUUUUAUCUAUAUAGGAUAGGAUACAGAAAGCCGCCUGUGAAUUACCACUUGAAAAGAUUUCAUGAUAUUUUGUAAAUUGUUCUUCAGUAACAGUUUUACCUAAUAUUUAAGACUUACUUAAGACUUUAAAUAACAAAGUAACUUGUGGCCCUGUGGGAAAGAGGGGAGGACGAACUACAGCUUUUAUAUGAAGAUAUGUCACAGUGCCAACGCCCAGAUUACUUUCAUCCUUAACCUAUUUAUUUCUUUGUUAAAUUUUCUCUUUCCUUUACUAGAGUAUCUCAGUAUAAAAGAAAUAUGAAACAUUACAAACGUAUUUUAGAAAAUCGAUGCACUUACCCUGUAAAUUAUCUUGCGAUAUUUCCAAAGAGUUGCUGAAAGAGUAAAUUGAAUAUAAAACUGUUGAAAAAAGAUGAUGGUUCAUUGAAUAUCAUAAUAUUUGCUGGAAAAACUAAAGGCACACUGUUUGGAAAUUUAAUUUCCAGUGUUGCUUGAUUCAUUACAGCAUUGUAAUGAGUCAUUCUUCACUGCUUUCAUUUUUUUCUUUAUGGCCAUGCCCUUGGCAAAUGGAAGUUUCCAGGCCAGUCAGGGACUGAAUUAUACAUGUGUGUGUGUGUAUACAUACAUACUAGGACAUUACAUUAUCAUUAAACAUAUAUACAUAUAUAACAGUACAUUAUACAUUAUACAUUAUUGGAAGUUAAAUAGCACCUGGUUGCACUGAAAUAGUAAUUUAUGUGUGCAUGUAAAAGUAAAUUCAGAUUUCAAAUCCACCUGGUAGGCAGGUUUGACUGGUGUGUUUUAUCAGCAGCACAAGUAUAUAUACUGUUAAAUUUGUUAAAGAUUUCACUUUGAAGUACACAUGCAAAUAAAUACAGUUCUAUAUACAUGAGUCCUUCUUCUGGCUCCAUUGUACAAAUACAAGAAAUACAUACAUAUUAAUUUCUGUAUCUAAGUCUAAAAUAUUACCAAGGUUUGUAGAAAUCUUACAACCUGAUCAUUGCAAGAUCUGGAAGUGAGAUAAACUCAGAAUUCAAUAAUAUAUUCAUUUGGCCUCACUUUCAUAUUUUCUUUUUCAGCUGAGAGAAUGGAUGAGAAAACAAGGAUGAUUUACUAUGAAAGUGUAAUCCAUUUAAAAUGUUCUGUGUUCCAAUGGCUAAAGUUAGUAAUUUCAGAUAUAAGAAAUGAAAUAGGCUCAAACAGAGAGCUCAAGAUUCAUGCAGCUCCAGGAAGUUGUGUUCAUAGGAAUGCAUUUAUAUUUUAUUUCUGCAUUAUGACAAAAACAAUAGGAAUGUGGUGUCCAGGACCAAAUUAGUUCAUUUUAUGAAGCUAGGUAACUGACCAUCAGCAAAUAAAUAAAACCAAUUUAACUUACACUUAUGCUGAGAUUCUAUAUUACCCUUCCUUUAUGGGAAAUGUUAAAAACAAACAACAUGUAUGUUAAUAAGCAAUAGCCAAUAGGGAUUUUUUUUAACCACCUCUGUAAUUCUCUCUCAGUUGUUUCAAAAAACAAAAGAUAUGCUUUUUUUCCUUUUAUGCUUUGCCAGAGGAUGAUUAUUUUUAUAAGGUAUAAUUUUUGCCACUCUAAACCCCCCCAAAAAUGCAAAAAUGAUAAAAAUCAUCUUGGAAGCACUCUUGUGGAUUACCUUCUGAAACAUGCAAAAGCUGGUGUCAUCUACAGUAUAUAAGGUCUGCUUUCAUGUUGAUGUCAGCUGCUAACCAAAAUCUAACAUGAUCACUAGGUUUUCACUAUUAGCAAACUAUUUCAUUAUCUUGUGAAAACUUGAAGGAUUAAUUUUAGUCUGGUGUAAUUUCACAGUGUUCAAUUACCAAGCUAAAAAUUAAGACAGGAGGUGAAGAGAACACACAUAGGAAAAUAAGAACAUUUUAAUUUUAGAAAUUACUUGAAGGAGCAGCAAGUUGAAUCACAAUACUUCCAAUAUCUUCUCCUGUUGUAUUUUUAAUCCCAGGGAAGAAAGAAUGAGGAAGGAGAAAUUAAGACAAUUAAAAGGUAGAAGACCUGUGUUCUGGUAUUGGCUCUUCAGCUAAUUCAAUAUAUGACCUAAGUUAUGUGACAUUGAUUAGCUUCAAUUUCCUCAUCUAUAAAAGAUGGGAAUUGGUCUAGAUUAUUUUUAAGUCCCUACUAUCACUAAAGUUUUAUCCCUUUAUAAAUUCAUUACACACAUGACUUGUAAGGGGGUCUUAUAUUUUCUUGGUAAUGAUUUUGUCAUGGUCUGAGCCAAGAAAAGCUACUUUAUGGAAUGGGGAGAAGGGAUUCUGUAGCCCAGUUAGUUGAAAAAUUACCGACAAGUUUGUUAUAACUAGCACAGAAAAGAUGCUUUGCAAAAUAGUUUAAAGUUCUUUCUUACUUCAUCUUUCCUCUGAUUUUUUUUCCAUUGCAUUUUGCAUUUCUCUCAUGUCACUCAGAGCCACUAAAAGAAUACACUUCUUUAAGUGAGAGAAAUGAGUAGACCCAAUGAAUUUAUUAAAACAAUACUGAAGUAGGUAAUUACAAACUAAAAUAAAUUCUCUGAAAGAAAUGUUUUUUAAGUAAGCAUAUAACAUAUGGUUCUGACCUAAAUGAGGCUUGCAUAGGAAAUAGAACUAGUUGGGGAUAGUAGAUGUAAGAGAACUUGCAAAGGCAUGAGAAUGCUAAAAUAUGUAGAAAAGUCAUUAGAAGAUGAAUAACUCUGUAAAUAGCUAUUGUGGAUUCUACAGACCCAUUUCAAAAGGUCUGUACUUUCUGGUUUGUUUCUAUUGAAUUCUGUGAAAUUUUAGGUCCCUAAAUGUUGCCUGGGUGAUAGUAGGAACCAGCUGGUCAGGAAAGAGCUCUGUACCACCUAAAUAUAUACAAGUCAGCCAUUUCAGGAAAGCAGAGAAUGAGAUGAAAAGAAAGCAACUUUGCUAUAAAACAGAAAUUGUCAAAACAUUGUAAAUCAACUAUAAUAAAUUUUAAAAAAGAAGAAAGCAACAAGAAUAGAAGGAGAAGCAUGGUGUUUUGUGGAAGACAAAACAAUAGUUCAAUGGAAUUAAUCAAAUCAAACCAAAACAGUUUACCGUCUACAUGCUGGUAGUAUUUGUGAAAUAUUUCCAGGCCUAAAAUAAUGGGAAUCUGCUUAUUUCCUACUGUCUCAAUUUUCUGUAAUACUUUUCUUAAAAUCAGCCUUUACAAAUGGUAGGAGUCCCUUUUGGCCUCUUGAAUUCCUCACUCAGACUUUAAUAUCAUUCCUUGCAUAAAGAAAGAGAAUACUUUAUGGACAUGAUAACUUUUAUAUCAUUCCUUUAUUAAUUACAUAAUAAAGGAAAUUUUGCUUUGAAGCCAGUGCUGCUAAUGAAAUAAUAUGUAACUGGCAUGGAUUACAUAUUGAGCACAGUAAAAUUAAUCAACAUAUAUGUCAUAACUAAGCACCCAAUCCCGAUUUUCUAAUUUGAAGUUUGAAAUCAAUAUAAACCAAAGAAUUUUUGGGGAGAGGGGAACUAUGAGAGAUCAUCUCAUGCUAACUUACAGACAUCUACAUUUUACUGGAAGUUUACAAAGGAACCCCAAACAUCUAAUCCUCUACCCAUUUAGAAGCCCCUGACAUUAGACCUCCAAUAGAUCUAUAGAGUCAAUGCUGGUAUAUAAAAUAUUUUACAACAGAGUAAAAGUGAAAACUUUAAGACCAAUAACAGUAAUUGAACCAUGCUUCAUUUCCCUUUCAAAUUUGGCCUCCUCCCAAAAUUAAUAAUCUUUGUCUAUCUUCUCCUAAUUAUACUUUAUAUUAUGACAGGGUUGGUGCUACUUUCUUUGAAACUCUUCUUGUGCGACCUCUGUGUCUCCAUUUCAUUUUAAAUAAACUUCUACUUUCUUAUUCCUUCACAAAGGUUUUCACCCCUUUACCUUAGCUGAAAAAUGGGUCCCUCUCAGAAUUCCACUUUCAUUAUGGUCUAUCCCAGGAGAUUGGCUCUAGUUUCCUGUGCUACACUGUAGGACCUUACUGUCUAUCUAUUCUAAGUGUAAUAUUUUGCAUCUAUUAACCCCAAACUCCCCAAACAUCUCUCUCCCUUCCCCCUCUCCCUUGGCAACCACAAUCUGUUUUCCAUGUCUGAGUCUUUAAAUGGAAGAAUAUAAUGUCAUCCCCUUUCCAGGGAAAAAUUACAUGACAUUUCAUUUUACAUUCUCCUACAGGCAUUUACUAUAUCUAUACAAUGAUGGUGCUGUCCCCACCAGUCAUUUGUGACCAGCAUAUAAGGAAGUGGUUCUCAACCCUGACUCUCAAUCACUCCUGUUCUAAAUAUUGAAUUCACUGACCAAAUUCAGGACUACAAAAUUAGAAUCUCUAGAUUUGGAGCCCAAAAUUUCUGUAGUUCUUACUUUAAAAUUCAUAUGCAUGGUAAACUUUCAAAUAGUACAGAAAAUAAACAGAAUUACAGAAAAAUCUCCUGAAAACUCCCUACCCAUUAUUGUCACUAUCCAGGAGUAACCACUAUUUUUUUAAUUUUAAAAUUUCCAUAAAUAUAGGUAUAUAUAAUUGUAAACGCCCCUGCCCCAACACACACAUUGAGAAAACAAAUAGGAUUAUGCUACUCUGCAACUUGUUUCCCUUGGUAGUACAUCUUUGACAACUUGCAUUAGGACAUACAGAUGUGUUUAAUUUUUUGUAUAACUGCAUAGUUUUAUAUUUUAUGGAUGAACUCCAAUUUUUAAAAACCAGUCUCCUAUUGACAAACAUGUAAAUUAUUUCCAUUUUUUCCCCUUUUGCUACUACAUAUGAUGCUAUAAAGAACCUUUUUUUCAUCCUUAUAUAAGCAAUCUGUAGCAAUUUACAGGAGUGACAUUGUUCAGGCUAAAGGCACGUCUCUUUCUCUCACACACAAAACACACACAUACAAUGUAUGUCUGCACAUAUCUAUGUAUGUAAAAUUUUUCCAUACUUAUGCGUGUAUAUCUUCAAUAACAUAUCCACAUAUGGAAGCACUAGUCCAGGCACUGGGAACAGAGACAUGAAAGGUUCUAUUUCAGAAAUUUGGUUUCCAAACCUCUGCUCUGCCCACAGAGUCAGGGGCAUGUUUUCAUACUUACAUAAUUCCACUUAUAGGAGUGGAAUUGCUGAGUCGAAGGGUAAUGCAUACAUGCAUACAUAUGUAAUAUUCAUUGCUAUACAUAUAUAUAUGCACACACUGCAUAUAUAAUAUAUAUUUCCAUACAUAUAUUUAUGUGUGUAUAUAUUUGCAUAAUUAUGUAGGUUCUAGGAGUGGAAUUGCUGAGUCAAAGGGUAUGUAUACGCACAUACAGUUUUGAUAAGUACUGCAAAGUUGCCUCUCAAAAUGAAUGCCCCAAGUUACAAUAGUAUAUAAGAAUGAUUAUUUUCUCACAACUUUGCUAAUGUUAUCACUCCUUUUAUUUUUGCCACACAUAUAGGUAUAUGUCAGCAUUUUUUGUUACAUUUCUUUACUAAUGAGUAAAACAAUAUAUUUUCCUAAUUUUGGCCAUUUGACUAUUUGUAUAUCACUUAGCCAUCAUAUUAUUUGCUAAUUUUUCCAAAAGGUAUUUUUUUCUCAUUUAUGUAUUUAUUUACAUAUUCUAGAGGUUGAUGUUUUGUUAUAUAUGUCCAAAUAAUAGUUUAUUUAUCUUACAGUGUCUUUUGUCUUAUACCUUUGGAGCUUUCAGUUUGAGCAUGUGCAAUAUUUAAGGAAAUUUCUCACAGAAUUUUGAUAAUCAAGGGAUAUCUGAAGGAAAAAGCCAAUGUCCUGGAAUGUCAGGGCUGGAGGUUGGGUGGGGUGGCACAGACAAGGAAUGUU